AUGUCAGGGUGUGGGAAAAUUUGCAGUGCUUUAUGCUGCUCUACUGGUCAAACAAAUGAUCCUCACCACCGCAUGUCCAUACCUUCACUACCAACCCAUGAUCACAAAGCUCAGAAAGCUAAUGAUCAUCAUGUUUCCAAGCCACAUGGUAAUAAACAAGAGGGUCAUCCAUCAUCAGAGCUCGAGACCAACGACCGAUUUUCUGACUACAUUUACCGCGCAAAGAAGAAGAUCAGACAUUCUAUGACGAAUCUUGGCGGUUCCUCCAACUCCAAAGCAUAUAGUGUGCAUGAUACAAAGAAUGAGGAGGCUACCAAGGACACAUUUUCAGAUUAUAUCAAACGUGUCAAGAGUAAGAUAAAAAAGACGCCCAGUAGCAAUGGAAGCAGAAAGGGUUUGAAAGGAAAAACCGGGUAG